UGGUCAUCUCCUGUACUGUGUCUGCAGUCUCUGGUCAUCCCCUGUACUGUGUCCGCAGUCUCUGAUCAUCUCCUGUACUGUGUCCGCAGUCUCUGGUCAUCUCCUGUACUGUGUCCGCAGUCUGUGGUCAUCUCCUGUACUGUGUCCGCAGUCUCUGGUCAUCUCCUGUACUGUGUCCGCAGUCUCUGGUCAUCUCCUGUACUGUGUCCGCAGUCUCUGGUCAUCUCCUGUACUGUGUCCGCAGUCUCUGGUCAUCUCCUGUACUGUGUCCGCAGUCUCUGGUCAUCUCCUGUACUGUGUCCGCAGUCUCUGGUCAUCUCCUGUACUGUGUUCGCAGUCUCUGGUCAUCUCCUGUACUGUGUUCGCAGUCUCUGGUCAUCCCCUGUACUGUGUCUGCAGUCUCUGGUCAUCUCCUGUACUGUGUCCGCAGUCUCUGGUCAUCCCCUGUACUGUGUCCGCAGUCUCUGGUCAUCUCCUGUAGUAUGUCCGCAG